AUGCUCGUGAGCCUCUGGGCGUUCCAGACCGCGAACGUGCUCAAGGUCAUCUACGACCAGUGCUCCGUCGACAUUUUCUUCGUCGACUGGGAGCGGCCGCGGUCCGAGACGCUCAGGCACAAGGUGCCCGUGUCGAUCUGGCGCACGCUCUUCGUGGCCAACGAGUGGAACGAGCUCCAGACCGUGCGGCGCACGAACGUGACCUUC